CGCACCGAAGGCGUCCGUGCGACGAGCCAGACCAGCCGCUACGCAAGAUGGCUAUGUGUCGCUGACGAGAGGCCGACAAACCGGACAGGGAGUACAGACAAGCCCGUGGAUAAGCGGAACAUGUGGCUACGUGAUCGUUGGGCCCGUCCCUGAAGAGAGAGACACUGGCCAAGAAGCGAGAGGUGCGGGGGCUGCUGCUGUACAGGGUGACGUAAAGUUUCGUUACUUUUACUGAGGCAGCUGAGUCACCGUGACGUGAUCUUCCGACGAAGGAAUGUGUGACAUGUUCAUCCAGACGCAGCAGACGAGUAGCGUCAACGGCAGCAGCAGCAGCAGCAGCAGCAGCUCCAGCAACACCGUUCACCACCCCGGGAAGAAGCGCAAGUUAGAUUACAACGUUAGCCAGCCGGUGAUCCAGCACGCAUUGGUCCAAUCGACCGGCGACUACCAAUUGGACAACACCGGUCUGCAACAACGGUACUCCGUGAACGGUGCUAAUACCGCAUUUAGCUCGCUGCAUAACAAUAAUGCGCUGCAGAAGAGUAGCCCGAACCAGCAGACCCUGGUACGAGCCUCGACGAUCAAGCUCUUAGACUCGUAUCAUCGCGUUGGCCAGAAGAGAAAAACUUGGUCAAGGGAGGGUAAUGGUGACGGCCUGGCAGUUCACUCCGCCAAUGCGACGAAUGCUGUGGGUAGUACUGUAGUGUCGCAGCAUCAUACCCAACAGCAACAGCAGCUGCAACAACAACAGCAGCAGCAGCAGCAGCACAGCAAGCAGACGAGCGGUAUGACAGCGCACAGCAAACAAGUCGCCAACGCGGCAAACGGAGGCGGUGGCGGUAGCAAUCCCCAGGGCGACGGGGAUUAUCAUUUGGUACAACAUGAAGUGCUCUACUCUAUGACUCAUCAGUAUGAGGUUCUCGAGUUCCUUGGCAGAGGUACUUUUGGGCAGGUUGUAAAAUGUUGGAAGAAAGGAACAAGUGAAAUAGUAGCCAUCAAAAUUUUGAAGAACCAUCCGUCGUAUGCGCGCCAAGGACAAAUUGAGGUAUCGAUCCUGUCUCGACUUAGUCAGGAAAAUGCAGAUGAGUUCAAUUUCGUGCGCGCGUAUGAGUGUUUCCAACACAAGUCGCACACUUGCUUGGUAUUUGAAAUGUUAGAGCAGAACCUCUACGACUUCUUGAAGCAGAAUAAAUUUUCACCUUUACCUCUCAAAUACAUUAGGCCCAUUCUCCAACAAGUACUAACCGCUCUCUUAAAAUUGAAGCAAUUGGGAUUGAUACAUGCUGACUUGAAACCAGAGAACAUUAUGCUGGUAGACCCAAUGCGUCAACCUUAUCGAGUGAAAGUCAUUGAUUUCGGAUCUGCCUCGCACGUGUCUAAAGCCGUCUGUAAUACUUAUUUGCAAUCGCGAUAUUAUCGCGCGCCAGAGAUCAUACUGGGACUUCCAUAUUGUGAAGCGAUAGAUAUGUGGUCUCUCGGUUGUGUGGUAGCGGAACUGUUUCUGGGAUGGCCUUUGUAUCCAGGAAGUUCCGAGUACGAUCAAAUUCGAUAUAUAAGUCAAACACAGGGCCUACCAACGGAGCAUAUGCUAAACAACGCCAGCAAAACAACCAAAUUCUUUUAUCGAGACAUGGACAGUACAUAUCCAUUUUGGCGGUUGAAGACACCAGAAGAGCACGAGGCAGAGACUGGUAUCAAGUCCAAGGAAGCAAGGAAAUAUAUUUUUAAUUGUCUUGACGAUAUCGGUCAGGUUAAUGUACCGACUGAUUUAGACGGGGGUCAACUCUUGCCAGAGAAAGCGGAUAGGAGAGAAUUCAUUGACCUUUUGAAAAGGAUGCUUACAAUGGACCAGGUAGAGCGCCGUAUAACACCGGGUGAAGCAUUGAACCAUGCGUUUGUCACUCUGGCACACCUAGUCGAUUAUGCCCAUUGUAACAACGUCAAAGCUUCCGUCCAAAUGAUGGAGGUUUGCAGGCGCGCAGGGGAUUUCACAGCGAGUCCAGCACAUCAUCAGGCUCCGCCGGCGCCUCAGCCACCUCCACCAACGUCUUUAGUAGCCAAUUUUGUACCUACAACAAAUGGCAGUGCGGUAACUCUCACCUUCAACAACCAGCUGACUAAUCAGGUGCAGCGAUUAGUCAGAGAACAUCGCACCGCGCAAACAGGCUAUGACAAUCUCUACCAAAUAUAUAGCAACGGAAGUCGACGGGCGACGCAAUAUAGCAGUUCGUCCAAUGGAUCCAAUAGUGGGCGAAGUGGCGUGCAUGACUUCCCGCAUCAACUGGUUCCUGGUAUAUUGUGUCCUCCACCUGGUUACCAGACUAUGCCAAGUCCAGCGAAGCAUGUGGUUGUUGCUCAACCACCGCAAGCGCAACAAGCACCUUUGCAGAUUCAGCCAUCGAUCAUAUCCCAACAAGCAGUAGCCGCGGCAGCUGCAGCUGCACAACAACAGUACGCUGCAGUUCCCGUGUCUAUGGUCGAGACUGGUCGGCAAAUGUUACUUACCAAUGCUGUACAGACAUCUUGGCCUGGUGGAAGUCGUCAAAUGGCCGCAAUCGUACCAUCAUGGCAGCAAUUACCGCCGCAACAUGCAGCCAUUCAACAACCACUACUCAGCGAUGCUGGAGACUGGGGAAGACCUCUCAUUGUUGAUAGUUCUGCUAUUCUACAGCGGCCGGUAUUUCCAGUCACAGAAGUUUACAAUGCUAGUGCACUCGUCGAGCAUCCUUCGCAAAAUUGGGGCAAACGCACUGUAACCAAACAUCACCAGCAUCACGUUACGGUGCCUCAGCAGACCCAACAUAGACACGAGCACAAGAAGGAGACCCAACAACUGAGUCCGGUUAAGAAGCGAGUUAAAGAAAGCACACCACCUAGCAGCAUGCGACGACACUCGCCUGUGAGCAGUCACUGGCAGGAACAGCCAAUACAAUCCCACCAUCAUAGCAGCAAGCAUAACAGCAGUAGUCAUAACGUGGAGCAUCAACCGGUUGCAACAUUGCGGCAGCAGACUAUUACCAUCGACGACACGCCUUCUCCAGCCGUUUCAGUUAUCACAAUUAGUGAUAGUGAGGAUGAGGCACCCGGCAAAUGCUGCGGAGACCGUCAAUGCAGUGCCUGUCAAAGUUUGGCAACUCGCCUCUCGGGCGACGGACGUCCUGUCCGUGAAGAAGUCAUACGAAGCACACAAUCGACGCCGCGCGUUGUGCAGACAAUGCAGCAGUCGGCGCAUACAAGUAGUCAGCAGCACUCAAGCGGACAUGUCACGACACAUAGCAGUAGCUCGUCUUCGCAUCGCGCGCAACGCAAAAACGUCAUCAAUUGCGUUACCGUUAACGAUAGCGACGGCGAAGCUAGCCCAAGUCGUUCGCAUUCUCACUUGUACCAACAGCUACCGCAACAUCCACAGCACCAACAGACCACGCAGUUAAUCAAACACGAGCCCCAACAGCAACAUCAUGUUAGCAGUAGCUCAGGAUACUCUUCCCAGUCUCAGAAGAAGCGAUUGAUAGCAAAAGUGCAAUCCGAGUGCAACAUGGUGAACGUUGCGACGAAGCCGGAACCCGGUGUCGAGUAUCUUGCUCCACACCCAUGUCACGCGCCAGCCUGCAAAGAGCCACCGACCUAUCAGGAUGACGUCUAUGACAUGCAUGACCACUUCUUGCAGUAUGUGACCACGAGUAGUGCGCAUCCUCAUCUCCAAGAGCAGCAUAUCGUAUAUACGACCGGCACGGACAAACGAGUGUCUUGGCCUGGGAAACGAGCCGAGUAUAAACACGAAUACGUUCAACCACCGGCUGCUCACUCCAGAGAUCACAAAUGGGUGGUGGCCAAUCCUGUGCAUCAAUAUAGGUUUUAUUUCGCGGAUUGUAGGCAGAGCCAGGUAGUAGGUACGGCAACCCAUCCCGGCCAUACUCACAGCCACCAUGGGCAUCCAGCUCAUCUUAGUCCCGGCGGCAGUGGCGGUGGCAGAAGUCCCGCCGGUGGGCCUGUGAUAGCAGGUUUAGGGCAACCGCUCUAUCAGGAGUACGCUCACGUACGUUCGAGAUGUCCACCCCCUGUAUACGUUACCGCUGCACCAUCGCAAGCUGCUACUGCCAUCCAGCAGCAACAAGUGCCGACUUAUCAGGGAUUCACACCCGGCUCGUCUCCAUUAACGUUGUAUGAUUCUAGUCGAGCGUUGCCACCGCCAGCUCAUCACAGCUCGGCCAGACCGUUACUGGCGAGUCACGCAGCACACCCGUUACCUGCGCACAUGCAGCCUACGGCCGUUUACGGAUUAGCCCCGCUUUCACCGGCCAAACAUCAAUAUCAACCUUCCAGUUUAUGGUUCACCGAAUAAUUAUUCGGGAAGUGUGUAAAAUGAGCGAGCAUAAUGAAUAAUCGCACGAUUUUCUGGGAACUUACGAGUUGCUCGUGUCAAUCAGCAAACGCGCGUCAUAAUCGAUCGUACGGUAACGAAGAGAAAAAGGAUGUCACGCGCAUUUUUUUUGUCUUCGUGCAUUUGGCCAGUAAUUGGAGCGGGAAGGGAGCGUCCAGACCGCUGUAAUUUUAUGAAUACGAUUCAUUCAACUACUGUACUGCUUGUUGUAUACUCACAGGAAUUCACAAUCAUGAGUUGAGAAAGUCUACUGAAUGAAAAACAAAAAAAACAAAAAAAAAAAAAAAACAAACAAACGGAGCAGGAACAAAAAUAAACACUUUGACAAUCCGUCCUAUAUAUAAGCAGCGACCACUCCCUUCUAACCACUCCGCUCUCAUAGAAGAUGAAAAAAAAGAAAAAAAAAAAAAAAAUACGAGAUCGCGGUCAGUGUAACUAGAUCUCUUUGUAUAUGUUUGUUACGCCUCUUAUAUAUGUAUGUAUAUUCGGAACAAUCCCAGUUUCUCUUAUCGCGACAGUUUCAUAAGAAAGUCAAACGGGAAGAAAGAUUAUCAUACUUUACCACACCCAGUUUAACACAAACUGAUUUUUUUUCUUUUUUUUUUUUAAUCAAAUCUCGUCAUAUCGUUUUCCAUCUUUGAUUUCAAGGGAACGUAUAUCUCGACAUAUACGGCAUGUUGUAAAUUUCGUAAGUUUCCAGAGACACCGAAGUUUUAUUACGAAAAAGGUAAAACAAAAAAACGAGAAUUUAUAAGGACGUUGUACAGACCAAAAUUUUCUAUCAAAGUGUUUCCGAUUCGUUUAACAUACGCACACACGCAUGAUUUUGCUCUAUUGUACAUAUACGUAUUAUAAAAUCGGUGCGUAACUUAAACAAAUCGGAAACACAUCAAUGUCGACGAUGGAGAUACGAGGUGCGCAUAAUGGCAGUGCCGAUUUAUGUACGCGUAUAAAACAAAAAAAAAAAAAAAAA